AUGGCUAGAAAAGGUGAACGUGUUUCUGCAAAUGAAGAUGAUGAUGAAGAUAUUUAUGAUCCUAAAAGCAAAGGAUUCUGUCGUGCAUGUGUCGACUUGUCAAAGUUCGGUCUUUUGAAAGCAAAGGAGAUGGUUUCCAAACCGAGUAUAGAGUGUCCACCGGAUAAAAUUGAACUUGGAAAAGCGACAUGGACUUUUUUGCAUACAAUGGCAGCAUAUUACCCUAUACAUCCGACAUCGAAACAACAAGAAGAUAUGAAGAAGUUUUUACAAACAUUUGCACAGUUCUUCCCUUGUCGACAAUGUGCUUAUGAUUUUGAAUCUAAUAUUAUUGUUCAUCCACCAAAAUUGGAUAGUCGUAAUGCAUUAAGUGGAUGGUUAUGUAUGCAACAUAAUUUAGUGAAUAAAAAAAUUGGUAAACCAUUAUUUGAUUGUACUUAUGUAUUAGAAAGAUGGCGAUAUGGUUGGAAAGAUAAAGAUGAUUGUAAACUACCAGAACAAGAUUAG